AUGGCUGUAUAUCCCACAUGCAUCAAUCUCACUUCUUCUGUGAAUGAUUGUUCUUUAGAAUUUGUUCAGGAGGAAAGCUCUUCCAGUAGUGGAACAGAUUCCCUAAGCAGUGGAGAGAUUCCACGAAGCCGGUCAGAGGGGACUUUGAUUGAUGUGGAUGACCGGACACCUUCAGACAGCUACAAUACCAAUGAAAGUAAACUGGAUUUGGAUAUUGACUGGCCUGGUGUAUUCAAACAUGCCCAAGCUGUUUCCAAGACUAAUCCUUUCUGGAAUGAACUGUCGGGAUCCAACCCUUUUGUACAUGACAUAGCUGCUUCCAAUAGAAAUGAAAAUAAUAAACGUCUUUCUGUCUUAAAGGAAAAACCUUACUUGUUCUCUAAAAUUUCUAGCAAUAGGGACUCUUUGGAUUCCUCAGGUGAUGAGCUGAAUAUUGAUUGUCUCCUUAGAAAGACUUCAGUAAGAAGAUCUGGACGAUCCAAGAGUGUCUCCGACUUCCUGGAUAUAGUUGAUAACCAAAGAUUUAAUCCUCACAAGACAGCGCCUCAAAAAACUAUAGUUUCUGAUAUGACAUGGCUUCAAAAUGACCGCGAAGCCUACAGGAUGGCUUGGCUGAGUCACCGACAGCUCACCAGGUCCUGCCUGGAUUUAGAAGCCAUGAGCCACAGCCCUGGAUGGGCACAAACACAAGCUACAGACAUUCACGUAGUUUGUAAACUGAACCACGAAGGGGGUUCAGUACAGCUACCUGACUCAGAUAUCAACAUUCAUGUCCCUGUGGGUCAUGUAUCACCAGGAGAAUUCCAAGAAGUUGGUUUAAAGGCUAUCCUUAACCCUCCAUUGUCGUGCAACAAUGAGCUGUCCAGCACAGUAAGUCCCCUGAUAGAACUUACAUUGAGCAACCUCAACACAAGCGAAGCCAUUUUCCUAGAAGUGAAAGUUGCGGCUAAAGUGAAGAGCGACCCACUCAGCCAAGUUAUGAGUGAUAUUGUGUGUUUUUUUAGUCUCAACAAAGAAGGACCUUUUAAGAAGCUAGAGAAUUGCUAUAUUUAUCAAGAUACCAUACAAGUGAAGCUAACAGACCUAAGUCAUGUGAUGUAUGCAGUAAUUGCUGUACAAGCAAGCAAAAUCCAGCCUCCAGCAACUAAUGUGUGGGACUAUGUCCAUAGAACAGUCUCAGUUGGAAUUUAUGGUCCCAAAUAUAUUCAUCCAUCUUUUACAGCAGUUUUUACAGUCUUUGGUCAUAACUACAUUCCAGGAAAACUCACGAUUUGUGAUAUAAAAAAAGGGGGGAAAAGUAUGCCUCCUGUGGUGUUUCAGCUGUGGGGAAAGCAUACAUUCCUACUUGAAAAACUGCAAGAUCUAAACAUUUCUUUGAUAUCCUGUGAUCCAGACUUUCAAGUAAAAAUGGAAGAUCAAAGCAAAAAUAUUAAAAAGGAGGAGUUGAAAACUGGUGAAAUGGUGCGCCAACAAUUCCUGUUUUCCAUGCUUGGAUGCAGGGAGAUGCAUUUCUUUGUUUUCCUUGUUCAGAUUAAAAUCUUGAAAAGCAGCCAAGUAACACAGUUCCAUGUUACAACUCCUGAUCCUGCUCCAAAAUUAAGUGGAAUUAUUAAUAGGCCAAAACGCCUACAAAACCGCAAAGAAAUCAAGUCUGCACCAUGGCUUUUGAUACCAACAAUAAAAUAUCCAAAGUUUCAAGACAAAACUUUGAGUGUCAAUACUUAUGGAGUGGCUUUGAAAACUGUGUUACGCCAAAAUAAGAUUGACUAUUUGCUGGAAUAUUUUAAAGGAGACACAAUAGCACUGCUUGGUGAAGAUAAAGUUAAAGCCAUUGGACAAACUAAAAUGAAAGAGUGGUAUGUGGGAGUUCUCAGAAAAAAGAUUGGUCUUGUACAUUGCAAAAAUGUAAAAGUGAUUUCCAAAGAACAAGCUAUGGACACUGCUGAUAGUGAGCUAACAACCAGGAAUCUUGUUGAACAAAUUGCACUGCCUUUCAAAAAAUUGACUUAUAUCUACUCAGUAGUUCUGUCUACAGUAUCAGAGAGUGUUUAUGACUGGAGAGCUUUAGCUGAGGUGUUGGGAUACUCACACAUGUCUUUGGAUGACUUUAAUGAGGCACAUAUUGAUAAAGAAUCAGAAAGAGUUGCGCAUGUUGUGAAGAAGAUGAAGCAAGACUGCCAUGCGAACAAAAAAAAAAGACUAUUUCUUUAUGAACUCAUUGUUGCGCUUUUGAAAAUAGAUUGCCAGGGAUUAGUGGCACGUCUUACCCAGGACACCAUCAUCUUGACUUCAGCUGUCAAGCUUGGCAAAGGCUGGCGGGAGCUUGCGGAGAAGCUAGCCCGACUCACAAAGCAGCAAAUAGAGGCUUAUGAAGUGCCCCACCAGGGGAAAAAUGGAGCAGUGGCUCUGGAGAUGAUGUGGAAACCUGCAUAUGACUUUCUCUACACUUGGGCUGCCCAUUAUGGAGAUGGUUACAGGGACGUCUUACAAGACCUGCAAUCAGCCUUGGAUAAAAUGAAAAACCCAGUAACAAAACAGUGGCGAGAGUUAACUGGAGCUCUGAUUCUUGUGAACUGCAUGGAGGUGUUAAGAGCAAGUGCCUUCUCCAAAAUGGAGGAAGAGUAGAUGGCCAAAGACAUUUCGUUGUGCAGUCCUUAAUUUCUCUAUUAUGAAUGUUAGUCAAAAGAGUGGGAAAAGCUACCAGAAGCAAAAUGGCAAAAGUCUACCAAAGUGGCAAAAGUCUACCAAAUAUCAAAUAUAAAGGACAAGCUGCCCAGAGUCUUUGAAGCUGAAGGAAAAUCCAUCCUGAGAAGGAAGUCAGUGGUCAUGGUCUCAGGAAGAGAACUCAGGGACCAGAGGCUGCUGCCUCUCUCAUGGCCAAGCCCUUUCUUUGCUCUGAAAGUCUUUUCUGUCUUGAACAAGAGUUGAAUUUGGCGCAGCAAAUUUAGCAAAUAUUGACUCAGUGAGUCAGUGUUCUCCUUAGCUUGCAGAAUUAUGCAACUGGUCCUCCAAGCAUAUUUCUUUAAAAGGAAAUUUAUAUCUGCCUGUAGCUGUGCUGUAUUCCAGGGCCUUUGACUGCUGGUUUUGGUUGCUAAUUGCACUCCCGUUUUCCCUUUAAGCUUCUGCUCAUAUGAAUGAAAUGUGCACUCGUGCAAAAUUCUGUUUACUUUAGCAGCCCACACUGGAUAUAUUUUAAAAAAAAAAGGUAUUAAAACCUCAUAUUUUAUUUUGUGGUCUAGUAUUCAAAACCACAAAAUGCCAGCGCGGAGUGAAAGCAGCUGCACUCAACAGCAACACACAGCUUGGAGCACAUGGCUUAGGUAAACACACUCUGUUCUUGACCUUUUCUCUUUUCCUCCCACCCUGUCAAGAGAGAGCAGCUUUCCCAUGAGCUUGUACACAUACUUUCUUGGGUUUCUUCAAAGUGAGAUGCAAUUAACAACUCCUUGGGAGGAGACAAGGAAAAAUACCAGCCGCUGGUCCUUGCCUUAAAUGACCCUCUGUUUCCAGGUUUCCUAAUUUUCUUUGUGUAGAAAACAGCUAUGUCAGCCAGUUCCAUUUCCCUUUGAAGCUGUAAGCAGAAAACCCCCCCACCUUCCUCCAUCCUUCUGACCUCUGAAUAGGUGUUUCUUAAGCAAAUGAGCAAAUGAAAUUUCUGAGUGCAUCUGUUGCUUUACGAUUUCACCUACCCAUGAAAGCUGGAAUCAUGGUUCCCCUUGGUUGAGCCAGCACCUGAGUGGGGCAGACACCUUCCACCAUGGUUAGUGGCAAAGAAAACCUGUCACUCAUACUAAAAAUGCUGGUUUUUUGGUGAAGUUGGAAGCCACUCAUCUUGCAGUGCAGAGGCUUCAUGCCGUUCAAUGACAGUGCAGUGACAUAUUUCUGAAUUAAUAACAGUCAAGGCUGGAGAGAAAAGGCUAAUUAUUCACCCCCGGAAGUUCCAGCCCUCCAGUUCGGUUUGGGGAAGGGCUCAGUUUCUUAGGUUUCUUUUGCUUUUUUUGGAUAGCAGAGGUUUAGAGAAGGAAAAGGAAGUUUCUUUUAAAAUGUAAGUAGAAGGCUACUCCCCAAGUCAGGCUCUGGGCAGCAGGCUGAAUGCCAGGACCAAGCUACACGUUAUGAAGUGUUCUUAUGGAAUAGUCUAGCGAAGGAAAUUGGAGAAGGCACCAGCCAUCUUUCUUCCUACUGAGAACAAAAAAUGUGGAGAAGCGGGCAAGUAGUUAUCACGUGAUUUUUUCAUGAAAAAGACUGUUUUUCACAAAUCCUUUCUGUAAACCUAAGCUGUGGGGAAAACCAACACUAAGCAGUUCCAAAGGAGCAACUCAACUUUGUUGUGUUGAGCUGACUCUAAAGACCUACUCCUAAAGGAUCUCUGGGCUCAGUAAGUGAUCCAGCUGACAAUGACCUACUAAAUAACAAAGGCAAUUGUGUAGAACUUCAGAUAGCAAUGCAGUAUUCCCAUCUAAAUCCAGGGAUCCUGAUUUUUCAUUAUCUAGCAGCUUGUUCAGCUAUGGACAGCUGUACCAAACAGGAAUAUAAAGCUAUGCUGUUUUGUUGUGUUUGUGUCAUAGAUACGAAGAUUUCCUGUGAAAAGAUGGGAAUAAAAUAGAGAGCAAAGGGUUGUAUUUCCCACCAUUCCCAGGAACAGAAUGUAGCAAAUUAUAUUCUUCACAUUAGUGUGGGACACCAACCAUUAAAUUCUCUGGCAAUGCCCUAGAACAAUUGUAGAUAUGUAAAGAAAAUGUUAGUCUAGCGUGAGUGAUAACCACUGCACUUAAUAGUUUUGUUGCCAAUAAAUAUCUGCAGACACUAUGGGAUGUUCAAAUAACUUGUGAUUACUCUUAGUACAAAAAGCACCAUUUUCUGUUUCUUGCCAAUGUAUAUAUAUAUGUAUAUAAUCUAUUUUUUUAGCUUACAGUAUAUAUUUUUAAACAAAAUAAACAAAAUUAUA